GUGAAUCAUUUCAGACUUUGCAGGCCCUGAGCACCAUAUCUGACACCAAGGACUGGUCAAAGAUCAGGGUUUACUCAGACCUGUGCAUGCAGUCAGUAAGGAGAGCCAUGUCUUAUCUUGUCCACACUUUUCAAACAGAACUGAAAACUCUGACAAACACAGAGCUGACCAGAAUGAAGCAGUAUAAAGAGUCAGUCACGUUCGACCAAGCCACUGCUGGUAGCUACCUUGUGGUGACUGAAUCUGGGAAACGAUUGAAGUACUCCAAAUAUGCAAGCCCCUCAUCGUCUGAUGACUUAAACUUAGACAGGUUUGAUUGUCCCAUGGUUUUAGGGACGAAGGGCUUCACCUCUGGGCGGCACUACUGGGAAGUCCAAGUGGGCUUUAGAAACGACUGGGAUGUUGGUGUUGCCAAGGAAACAGUUAGCAGAGCAGGGACAAAGACUGUGAAAAGAGAAAAUGGAUUCUUUGCGAUAGAAAAGAGUGGUUUUGGUUAUCAAGUUCAUUCUACACCCUACACAGUCCUGAACCUGUGUCCCAGGCCAAGAAAUGUAGGAGUUUAUGUGGACUAUGAGGAAGGAAGAGUCUCUUUUUAUGAAGUGAAUCAGAAGCUGCACAUUUACUCUUUCAUAGGAGAGUCUUUUACAGAGAAACUGUACCCAUAUUUCUAUCUGUACAGUGGAGCAAAGAAAUCAGAGCCCUUAGUAUUGCAGUAACAGUAGAAACAGUAGAAAAUUCUUCUAAGGUCAAAACUCACUUAGGACUAAAAGAUAUGAUGUGUCUUAUGUGCAUAAAGAAAAUAGAUUUGAAAUGUAAAAAGAAUUUGGGACGCAUUUCUGCACAAGUGAAACACCAGCCUAUAUGGACAACUUCAUUGAUUGAAAUACCUGUAUCUGUUCUGUCAGACUGUGUGUGCAACAAACAACUGAAAAAUAUGGCUGAAAUGCAUCCUGAUUAGACACAGUGUAAUGCUGUUUCACUGCUUAGCUUGUUCAUAAUGAUUUUUCCUUCAAGUUCACUUACAUCCAGGACACCAGGUGUCUUGGUUUUGGAAGGGCUUAAAAGAAAGAGGUCGCCAUUUUUCAAAUUCUUCAUGUGUUGAGCACUGCUACAACCCCAUAUGCACCACUUCAACAUUUAGAAAAGUCUGAAGCUUGACAGGCCUAUUGUGCUUGGUUAGGUUGCCUAGGUUCAGGAAGGUUUAGUGUCAGUUUACACUUGAAUUAAAAUCAAUGCACUUGUCAGGUGAAGGUAUAAUCAGGUAGUGUACAUAAUAAAUUACUUUGCAUCCUGUCAAAUGUUUCAAAGAACAUCUUUCCUCACUAGAAUAAAAGCUGAAUAAAGGUAA